AUGUCUCCCGCCAGAGGCUAUAUAACCUCUUACGCUCCACGCCUCCGACAAUAUAGCAACGCGUUACUUACUCCCGUUAUCCCCCCCUCACAAGUCGGACCGUCGCGAACUACGAAACGUGGUACUACAGCCAUCAAUUACGCGGAAGAUGGCUUUGACGAUGAUGACUUUGAAGAGAGCGAUGGACCGCGACGACCUACAGGGCUGCGAAGUCUGAGACGAGAGGAUUCAAAUGUGGAUAGAGUUCCGUUGUCGGAGAAAGUAGGCAAGGAGGCUUCUGCGCCAGUUGAAGUUCAAGGUAUAUUUAGGGAAUGGAUGAUAAGGCGACUUCUCCGCCCAGAUAAUGCAGAUCAGUUACAGACGCAGUCGCAUUUACCUUUGACGCUCGUCCCCAUCCGAAUCGACCUUGAGGUUCCUGCACAUCAACCACUUGAACCAUUCCCAAUCCCUCGAUCUUCCACAGACCCGGGAUUCAGUUCAACCCUCCCAGCUUACCGACGACCAGAUCCUGUUCCGGCUUAUCGCAUCAAAGACACUUUUCUCUGGAAUUUACAUGAAGCUAUCGCUACUCCCGACGAGUUUGCGAUCACCUUUGUCCGUGAACUCGAUUUACCUGACCAAGCAAGGCUAGCUGAUGCUAUUUCGGGGCAAAUCCGAUCACAACUAGAAGAAUAUGCAGGUGUAGCAUUACAUCCUCUGUUUCAGCAGGCUCAGGUUGCGCCCAAUCCGACGGACCAAGCUACGGGAAUCUCUAGAGAUGUUUCUAGUACUCCCGCGCCCGCAAAUGCUCCGACACCCAGUACUCCCGGUCCAAAUAACACUGUGACUAUUACAAAAGAUCCUCUUGUGAAUGAUAGCCUCCUCAACCCGGAUGAUGCUUAUCGAUGCGUGCUCAAUCUGAAUAUCAACCUACAGAACAAACUUUACACUGAUAAGUUUGAAUGGUCCCUACUCCAUCCUCCAGGAAUGGCCGAAGAAUUCGCCAAAAUUACUUGCGCAGACUUAGGCUUGGGAGGUGAAUGGGUUAGCGCAAUAUCGCAUGGUAUUUAUGAGGCAGUAUUGAAGCUCAAGAAAGAAGUUUGUGAAAGUGGUGGCAUGGUCAGUGGUAUCGGAGCUUAUGGGAACGAAAUUGACAACCAAGCCGCCAAUGGUGCUGAAGCUGGAUGGCGAUAUGAUCCAGAAGGCCUCGGUGAUGAAUGGGAACCAAAAGUUGAAACAUUGUCCAAGGAGGAAAUCGAAAAACGUGAGGGAGACAGAGAAAGACAAAUUCGACGUCUACGAAGAGAAACUGCCCGAUUCUCAUCCACAGCUGGCAUCACGCCGGAACUAUCUAGAACGAACUACUUUGAUAUUGACAGUGAGGCGCCUCUUGGAAGAGGUGAGAGGAGCAAGCGAAAGCGACGCUUCCGUAGUCUUAGUCCGGCGGGCCGCUCUGGGACUCCUGGAGGUCGUGGCACACCUGACACUAGCUCAGGGGCAGGAUAUGGCGGCGGCGGUGGUACGCUGUUGGAGAGUGAACGUGGUCAUUGGCGGUGCUACAAUUGUGGAGUCUUUGGUCAUGCAGUCUGGACUGUACGAGACGGGCCUACUGGUCCAAGGACACUCUGUCAUAACUGUGGCCUUCUGUAUGAACGUGACAAGCGUCUUCCCGAUUGGGCUAGAGGUCUUCAUAGACACGAUAUCCCUAUAAGCCGUCCUUAA